CGUGGCACGACGCCGGCACCUUCGACAACACCAUCGGCACGUGGCCCCAGUGCGGCGGCGCCAACGGCUCGAUCCGCUUCGACGUCGAGAUGUCGCACGGCGCCAACGCGGGGCUCAAGAAGGCGCUGACGUACCUCGAACCGUUCAAGGAGAGGUACGCGAACCUCUCCUGGGCGGACCUCAUCCAGCUGGCGGGCGCCACCGCCGUCGAGUGCGCGGGCGGGCCCAAGAUGUACAUGCGCUACGGCCGCGUUGACGUCACCGGACCGGAGGAGUGCCCGAAGGAGGGCAACCUACCGGACGCGGAGCCGCCGUACCACGACGGAGCCGACCCGGACGCGUCGACGCACCUGCGAAGGAUCUUCUACCGCAUGGGCUUUGACGAUCGGGAGAUCGUGGCGCUCUCCGGGGCGCACACCAUCGGCAGGGCGUUCAAGGAGCGAAGCGGCGUGUCGCAGUUCGGAUACGGGGAGAAGGCGGCGACCAAGUUCUCGGGGCGGGGGUGCCCGGUCGCCGGCGGGGUGUCGAAACAGGCCGGGUGCCCAGCCGCGCACGUCGCCAGGGCUGAUGAUAAACCGGGCAUCGGCAUGCCCGGCGGCCAGCCGUGGACCAAGUCGUGGCUCGCGUUCGACAACGCGUACUUCAAGAAGGAGUACGUGCAGGAUCCCGAGCUGCUGUGGAUGAGCACCGAUAAGGCGCUUCACACAGACCCGGGUUUCAAACCCCAUUUCGACCUGUACGCGAGUGACGAAAAAGCGUUUCACAGGGAUUUCGCCGCGGCCUUCGUCAAGCUGAGCGAGUGCGGCGCGAGGUUGAGGCCCAUCAACGGGAUCAAGAUCAACGAGGACCCGCCGAGGCGGAUGGUGUGGCGCGGGUGAGGAGCGCGCGGAUCCGGAUUGGAUCGGUCUUCCGCGGAACACAGUCGUGACCAUUCAUCGUCGAUACGCGU